ACAAACAUGGUAAAUGUUCCUGAAACCCACCAGACUUUCUGUAAGAAGUGUGGCAAGCACCAGCCCCACAAAGUGGCCCAGGACAAGAAGGACAAGAACUCCAUGCCCAGGGAAAGUGGCUUUAUGACAAGGAAGCAGACUUUCUGGAAAAAGGCUAAAACUACAAAGAAGAUUGUGCUAUGGCUUGAGUGUGUGGAGCCCAACUGCAGAUCUAAGAGAAUGCUAACUAUCAAGAGAUGCAAGCAUUUUGAACCGGGAGGAGGUAAGAGAAAGGGCCCAGUGAUACAGUUCUAA